AUGGAAUUGGAGAAUAUUGUUGCGAACACUGUAUACUUGAAAGCGAGAGAGGGCGGUUCCGAUAGCAACAAAGGGAAGAGCAAAAAGUGGCGGAAGAUCCUUCAGUUCCCACACAUAUCGCAAUGUUUAGAUAUAAAAACAAAAAUAGAUGUAGGCUACGACUAUGUGGUGGACCAACAGCCCAUCGGCAAGCUGCUGUUCCGGCAGUUCUGCGAGCGAAACCGCCCUGAGUACCACAAGUACAACAGUUUCCUCGAUGCGGUGGAUCGGUACGAAGUGGGGGUGGACGAGACGCGGGUCGCCCUCGCCGCGGAGGUGUUCGGGAGGUACCUGAAGACGGAGGACGGUGAGGCCGUCACCGAUGUGGUAGCCGCUUCGGUGGUCGACGACGCGAGCGAGCUUCUUGAUGGCGGCUCGAAAGACAUCUUCGGUGAAUGCGUGCGCUACGUGAAGAACUUUCUCGCGGGCACUCCGUUCGCGGAGUUCGAACGCUCGAUGUACUUCCACCGCUACCUGCAGUGGAAGUGGCUGGAGGCGCAGCCGGUCACGCAGCACACCUUCCGCAUGUACCGGGUCCUCGGGAAGGGCGGCUUCGGAGAGGUCUGCGCUUGUCAGGUCCGGGCAACGGGUAAAAUGUACGCGUGCAAGAAACUGGAAAAGAAACGUAUAAAAAAGCGCAAGGGAGAAGCGAUGGUUCUGAUCGAGAAGCAGAUACUGCAGCGGAUCAACUCGCGGUUCGUUGUGAACCUCGCGUACGCGUACGAGACGAAAGACGCACUCUGUCUCGUUCUCACGAUUAUGAAUGGUGGGGACCUAAAGUUUCACAUUUACAACAUGUGCGGAGCGGACACCGGUCUCGGUCUGGAACGGUCGCGGUUCUACGCGGCGCAAGUUGCCUGCGGGCUGGAACAUUUGCAUAAGAUGGGCAUAGUUUACAGAGACUGUAAGCCGGAGAACAUCCUGCUGGACGACGCGGGACACGUGCGCAUCUCAGACCUGGGGCUGGCGGUGGACGUGCCCGACGGUGGCAGUGUGCGCGGCCGCGUCGGCACCGUCGGCUACAUGGCGCCCGAGGUUAUAGACAAUGAACGCUACACAUUCAGCCCGGACUGGUUUUCGUUUGGGUGUUUAGUGUAUGAAAUGAUAGAGGGUCGGGCGCCUUUCCGAGCGCGGAAGGAGAAGGUGAAGCGGGAGGAAGUGGACAGGAGAGUGAAGCACGAGCAGGAGAAGUACUCGAGCAAGUUCAGCGAGUGCGCGCGUGCACUGUGUGCGGCGCUGCUGGCCAAGCGGCACGACGCGCGGCUCGGCGGCGGCGCGGGCCGGCGCGGCGCCGCGCACGUCAAGGCGCACCGCUUCUUCACGCGCCUCAAUUGGGCGCGCCUCGAGGCCGGCCUGCUGGACGCGCCCUUCGUGCCCGACGAUAGUUCGUAUAAAGAUAUAUCAAUGAAGGCAAAAUUGUGGGCACAAAUCGGAGAAGAAAUUAAUGAAACUGGUGAAUUACAGUUCCUUGACUCAACUCUGACAGAUCGAGAAACAACUUCAAAUGUUCGAGAACCUACACCAGAAACAUCGUCAGCUAUAGAAACUCAAUCUCCAGAGACGCCUCCACCACAGACACCUCCACCAAGAACACAAAGCGCACCCCCGCCAGAAACACCUCCGCUAGAGACGCCCCAAACAAAUGACACAAAUAGUUCACGAGCUAAGAAAAUAAAAAAAACUGACAGCGAAAUGGAUAAACCACAUGCGGUAUACGCGAAGGAUGUCCUGGACAUCGAGCAGUUCUCGACGGUGAAGGGCGUGAACUUGGACGCGGCCGACGACACAUUCUACGGCAAAUUCAACACGGGCAGCGUCAGCAUCCCCUGGCAGACCGAGAUGAUCGAAACCGGCUGCUUCACAGAGCUCAAUGUCUUCGCCAGAGGUGAAGACGGCAAGGAAAGUCGAACCCCAGACUUACAACUGGUGGCGACCACGAACACACAGGAAGAGGACACGGGGUGUUUCAUGUUCGCUAGACGGACGCUGUGCCCGCAGAAGAAGAUCCCCCCCCGACUCCGCGCCGUGCCGGUGCCCGAGCACCUGCUGCCGGCCGACAGCUGA